CUGCCCCGGAAGCGGUGGCCCGAAGCCCUUGUAAGGGCGGAGGCGGCUUUCUCCAGCCGUCCGGAAGGAGACGUGGCGGCGGUUGGGUCCCCUGCACCAAGGGCGCUUUGUAGUCCCGCCGCCGCCUCCUUCUUCUCCUCCUCCUCCUCCUCCUCCUCCUCCACCUGUUCUCCUCGGGUAGAGGAGGUUGUGACGGCGGCUGGAGGACGCGGCAAUGGAGGAAGGAGGCGGCGGCAUGCGGAGCCAGGUCCCCGGAGGGCCACUGUUGCUGGUUCUGUACGGUCUCCUGGAGGCGUCUGGCGGCGGCCGAGCGCUGCCCCAGCUCAGCGACGACAUCCCCUUCCGAGUCAACUGGCCCGGUACCGAGUUCUCUCUGCCUACAACUGGAGUUUUGUAUAAAGAAGAUAAUUACAUCAUCAUGACAACUACACAUAAAGAAAAAUACAAAUGUAUACUUCCUCUUGUGACAAGUGGGGAUGAGGAAGAAGAAAAAGAUUACAAAGGCCCCAAUCCAAGAGAGCUUUUGGAACCACUAUUUAAACAGAGCAGUUGUUCCUACAGAAUUGAAUCUUACUGGACUUAUGAAGUAUGUCAUGGAAAACAUAUUCGACAGUACCAUGAAGAAAAAGAAACUGGCCAAAAAGUAAAUAUUCAUGAAUACUACCUUGGGAAUAUGUUGGCUAAGAAUCUUCUGUUUGAAAAAGAACGAGAAGCAAAAGAAAAAGAAAAGUCAAAUGAGAUUCCCACUAAAAACAUUGAAGGUCAGAUGACACCCUACUAUCCGGUGGGAAUGGGAAAUGGUACACCUUGUAGUCUGAAACAAAAUCGACCCAGAUCAAGUACUGUGAUGUAUAUAUGCCAUCCUGAAUCUAAGCAUGAAAUCCUUUCAGUAGCUGAAGUUACAACUUGUGAAUAUGAAGUUGUCAUUUUGACACCACUCUUGUGCAGUCAUCCUAAAUACAAGUUCCGGGCCUCACCUGUAAAUGACAUAUUCUGUCAAUCACUGCCAGGAUCUCCAUUUAAACCCCUCACACUAAGACAGCUGGAGCAGCAGGAAGAGAUACUGAGGGUGCCAUUUAGGAGAAAUAAAGAGGAAGAUUUGCCAUCCGCUAAAGAAGAGAGAUUUCCGGCCAUCCACAAACCUAUUGCUGUUGGCUCUCAGCCAGUGCUCACUGUUGGAACAACCCACAUUUCCAAGCUGACAGAUGACCAGCUCAUAAAGGAAUUCCUAAGUGGCUCUUACUGUUUUCAUGGGGGUGUUGGUUGGUGGAAAUAUGAAUUCUGCUAUGGCAAACAUGUACAUCAAUAUCAUGAGGACAAAGAUAAUGGAAAAACUUCUGUAGUUGUGGGGACAUGGAACCAAGAAGAGCAUGUUGAGUGGGCUAAGAAAAAUACUGCUAGAGCUUAUCAUCUUCAAGACGAUGGCACCCAGACGGUCAGGAUGGUGUCACACUUUUAUGGAAAUGGGGAUAUUUGUGAUAUCACCGACAAACCCAGACAAGUGACUGUAAAACUAAAGUGUAAAGAAUCAGAUUCUCCUCAUGCUGUUACUGUGUAUAUGCUAGAGCCUCACUCCUGCCAGUAUAUUCUUGGGGUUGAAUCUCCAGUAAUCUGUAAAAUUCUAGAUACAGCUGAUGAAAAUGGACUUCUUUCUCUCCCCAAUUAAAGGAUAUUAAAGUCGAAGGAAAGAAAGAUGAUUGAAAAUCAUCACUUCCUCCUGACCACAUCUCAUUGUAGAGUCUCGCCAUUGGACCUUGUCUAUAAUAUCACAAAAAAAAGGACUGGCAACCACACUGUGAAAUUCAUGUGUAUAUAAGAGAUUACAGAUAAACUUGUAAGGCAGACCCGUGUCUCAUUUCAUUCAUUUUGGUCUUGUAUGAACUGAUUGUGCUUGGCUUUGCUUGGGUAAUAUAAUUUCAAACAAAUCUGAUCCAAGCAGUUUAGUCCUGCCUAUCAAAUGUCAUGAUCCUUGUUCUUGUUAAAGUAUUUUAAAUAAUAUACUUACUGAAUAAAUUACAGCAUAUAUGGCAAGCUAAUGAAGUAAAGAUAAUGAAGAAAGAAGUUGCUAGGAGAUUGUGUAAAUGAGGGACCACAUAAAAUGUAUAAAAUUCUAAUGCCUGAAAUUCUUUCAGCAAAUGUUUCUGUGGCAGCUGCUCUCUGUCAAGCACUAAACUAGAAGUGGAAAUAGAGGAGAGCCUCACAGACAACCCCGAGGUCACUCAGUAAACUCUUCUUUAUGACAGGUUGCUCCUUUUCUUGACCUUUUAUGAUUCUUACCAUGAGUAAGUUUAUUACAGUGCAGACAGUUAGUGGCUCAUCUCUAAAUUAGAAUGGUUCAUUCUAAAAUUCACUGUGCUGUCUCUCAUACCUGCCUGCUAUAUGUUAUAAGUCUUAGUUCUGGACAGCUUUAUGGCACAAUAUUUAUUUUAAAGAGAAUAAAAUGUUAAUAAGCA